CGGCGGCGCGGAGCCGCCCGCGUCCCCAAGAUGGUGCGGAAGCUGAAGUACCACGAGCAGAAGCUGCUGCGGCGGCUGGAGCUGGUGAGCUGGGAGGCGGCGGGGGGGAGCCUGGCCGAGGUGAAGGCGCUGCGGCGUUACCGGCUGGGUCGGCGGGAGGACUACGUGCAGUACAAAGCGCUGGCCCGCGCCGUCCGCGCCUUGGCCCGCCGGCUCCGCGACCUGGGGCCGGCCAGCGCGGCCUUCCGCGCCCGCUGCGCCGCCGCGCUGCUGGAGAAGCUCUACGGCCUGGGGCUGGUGAGCUGCCGGCGGUCGCUGGCCGUCUGCGAGAACCUCUCGGCCGCCGCCUUCUGCCGCCGGCGCCUGCCCUGCCUGCUGGUGAAGCUGCGGAUGGCGCAGAACCUGCGGCACGCCGUCACCUUCGUGGAGCAGGGACACGUCCGCGUGGGGCCCGAGGUGGUCACCGACCCCGCGCUCCUCGUCCCCCGCGCCGUGGAGGACUUCGUCACCUGGGUGGACGCCUCUCGCCUCCGGCAGAAGGUGCUCGACUACAACCAGGAGCGCGACGACUUCGACCUGGCCGCCUAGGCGCCUGCCCGGCCUCGCUCUUCUGCUAAAACCCUCCCCGGCGCGCCCGAAGCGGGAGCGAGGAGGAGACGGGGCUCGCUCCUGGCGACGUCUCCCCUUUGGCCGCUCCGCUCCGCGCUCCCCUUUGGCAGCUCCGUUCGUCCCCGCGGGGAAACGUCCCUCCCGCAGCCGUCGCCCCGAGAAGACCGCUCCGGUGGCCCACCUCCGUCAACGCAAAGCGAAAGCGCUCCGAAGGGUCUCUGCCCGCCGGCAGGAGAGGACGCGAUCCGGGUUUAAGCGCUCGGCCGCUGAGAGUAGCUGCUGGAACGGGUUUUACGCCUGGCCGAGCGGCUCUUUUAGCACCGAGUCGGGCGGCUUCGCGGCCGCUUGUCGAAGAGGUUGUCGCGAAAGAGCCGGUUCCUCCUUCAGCUGACGGGCGCGCGGUAUCUGGAGGAGCCGCUUCUGGAAGGGUUUCCUCGUGAUACCGGGGAACGCGUGUACGGGGGAAAUAGGGUGGUUGGUUGGGGUCAGCGGUAAACAAGGAGGCCACGCGCUGCAGUUCUGGAACUGGAAGAGUUUUAGCCCAAACCAGAAUUAAAAAAAAAAACAAAACAAACAACCCAACAAACCAAAAGAAAGCCAACAUUAUUUUCUUGUGAAGCCGUAAAGGGAAGUCUGAUACUGUGAGUUCGGCAUCUGUGCUGUGCGGGGUUUCAGCUGACAACGAGGCAUCGUUUACGGAGCAGGAUGUAACCGGGGAGGCGUUGGAGCAAAAGCUGUCCUAAGUGUAACUGCAAAUCUGGGGGGAACUUUUGCAUAUAAGCCAAACAAAAAUCAGUACCUGAGGGGAGCCUCAGGCCUUCUGGGGCUCUUGGGAACUUUAUUCCCCUUUGAUACAAAGAGCAGAAGAGCAAAAAUAAAACAGUUGUUUUAAAUUGCUGAA